GAGGGGGGGCGGUCACGUGGGCCGCCGGCGGCGCGACUCCGCUCAGGGAGCUCGUGGCAGCCGGCUCCCGCGACCGCCGCCCUUGCCCCUCGCCGGCGCCGCAGCCAAGUGCACUGCCGCUAGGUAUGCUCUCGGCAGGUGGCCCUGGACGCGCCAGGCUGGGGCCGCCUGUGAGCGCCCCGCGGGGGCCAUGGAUGUCGAGACAGCAGACGAGCAGGGGGGCCCCGCGCCACCGCCAGGUGCACCCUGCGGACUCGGCUCAGCCGGGGCUCCGGCCCUCGGGGGACGGCGGGAGCCCAAGAAGUACGCAGUGACCGAUGAUUACCAGUUGUCCAAGCAGGUGCUGGGCCUGGGCGUGAAUGGCAAGGUGCUUGAGUGCUUCCACCGGCGCACCCGGCAGAAGUGUGCUCUGAAGCUCCUGUAUGACAGCCCCAAGGCCCGGCAGGAGGUGGACCACCACUGGCAGGCCUCUGGUGGCCCCCACAUUGUGCGCAUCCUGGACGUGUAUGAGAACAUGCAUCACAGCAAGCGCUGUCUCCUCAUCGUCAUGGAAUGCAUGGAAGGAGGUGAGUUGUUCAGCAGGAUUCAGGAGCGUGGCGACCAGGCUUUCACUGAGAGAGAAGCUGCAGAGAUCAUGCGAGAUAUUGGCACCGCCAUCCAGUUCCUGCACAGCCAGAACAUCGCCCACAGAGACGUCAAACCUGAAAACCUGCUCUACACAUCCAAGGAGAAAGAUGCAAUACUCAAGCUCACUGACUUUGGCUUUGCCAAGGAGACCACCCAAAAUGCCCUGCAGACACCCUGCUACACUCCCUAUUAUGUGGCUCCUGAGGUCCUGGGCCCAGAGAAGUAUGACAAGUCAUGCGACAUGUGGUCCCUGGGCGUCAUCAUGUACAUCCUCCUAUGCGGCUUCCCACCCUUCUACUCCAACACGGGCCAGGCCAUCUCCCCAGGGAUGAAGAGGAGGAUCCGCCUGGGCCAGUAUGGCUUCCCGAAUCCUGAGUGGUCAGAGGUCUCUGAUGAUGCCAAGCAGCUGAUCCGCCUCCUGCUGAAGACGGACCCCACAGAGAGGCUGACCAUCACGCAGUUCAUGAACCAUCCCUGGAUCAAUCAAUCAAUUGUGGUGCCACAGACCCCACUUCACACGGCCCGAGUGCUACAGGAAGACAAAGACCACUGGGAUGAAGUCAAGGAGGAGAUGACCAGUGCUCUGGCAACCAUGCGAGUGGACUACGACCAGGUGAAGAUCAAGGACUUGAAGACCUCUAACAACCGGCUCCUCAACAAGCGGAGAAAGAAGCAGGGAGUCGGCUCCUCGGCCUCACAGGGCUGCAACAACCAGUAGCUCACGGGGCGUUGGAGGAGUCAGCCUCUCAGCCUGGGGGACAGACUGGAGUGUGCUGAGGCCCUGACCCACAGCACCCAGGGUCAUUUUUUUAACAAAAGGAUGAUUUUGUUGUCUUUUAAUGUAUCUCUUGGAACUUCAAGAUGGGAGACCAUGACCCCAAAUCUCCUCCAGAGACCCAGAGAAGGGCCAGAGCCUGGGGGCCAGGGAACCACCUGCUGCAGUUACAGCCCCUUUGGCCAGAGUGGCCUGAGUGAGCCAGGGCUCAGUCCUACCCUGGGGCACAGCAUUAGACUUCCAGGCCACUAGGAGUUAUGGCUGGGCUUCCCUCCUUCCAUGGAGUACACCCCCCCAACACUCCCCCUCCACACCCUCGCCGUGGGCAAAUGGGCCUGGCCUUGGGAAAGGCAUCUGGCCAUUGGUUGCCAUGGUGACCAGGGACAGAGUUUCUGUCUGUGAAUGCUGAGUGAGUGAGCAAGGGAGGGAGAAGGGGCAAUUGAGGGUCCGCCUCUGCUUUCUCAGGGAGGAUGGUCUCCCUUACACUGCUUGCCCGUCUCAAACUCCCUGCUCUUUGGUCUCCUUGAGGCUGCAGGGUCAGUCUGCCUGCCUUCUGAGUGGUUCAGCCCUGUCUUGCUGCAACCCCAUCCCACAGGGCCCUUGGAGCUCUCCCUCCACGGAGUCCCUGGGCCCAGCCAUCCUGUUACUACCUAACCCCUACCCAAAGAGUGGCCUCUCAUCUCAACUGAGGGUGGGAGGAGUUUUUAAUCCUUUUCUACUUUGGAAAAUGUCACUGUGACAAAAGCCA